UUCCGAAACUUACCCACACGUCGAGGUUGAUCUCCUUAAUGACCCCGCUGCCAUUGUACAGGUCCAAGCCCAGUUGCUCCAAGCUCAAACGCUCCUGCAAAAAGUGGCCGAGGUAGUGCUGUAGAAGGUACCGACAGGCCCGCUUCUUGAUGGAGCCCGACCAGGGGAAGAGCCAGCGAGACAUGGGCCCAACGAGAGCGGGGGACAGGGAGCUACAAGAGGCGGCGGAGGUGAACGACUACGACCGCAGUCCUCGGGAAACUGCAUAACAGGCGAACACGAGAGGGAGCAGAAGGAGGAAUGAGCCACGGCUAGCUGUAGGGGGCUACGGAAGGGGCAAACCGUAACUCCGCUUCUCCCAGGCUAGACAUACAGAAAAACUCGAGUCAAAAAAAAGCUUUCUUUUGUACGCGACGAGAUUUCCCCAAGACGACGACUCGCUCGCUAGGCCGCCGGUCCGUCGCUGUGUUCAAUCAUAUUGUCCAAGCGUUUUGGGGCGAAACGGUGAGACAGCUCAUGGUGGUUGAUGUCUUUCUCUUCUUUCGGGGCUUGUUUAUUGUUAUCAUACGCCAACUGACGGUAUGGCGAAGACGUCCUGCGUCAUCGUGACGCGACCCGGAAGCAGGAAAGGGCCAGCGAAGCAAGGCAGUCAGGUGAAGGAGCUUCAUGGAGGCCUGCUGGCCAUCAUCACGCUACUAGCAAGUGGACGGACGUGAGGAAUACUGUCAAGUGUUUGAAUGCAAGAUGUUUCCUUGGUCAGCAGUCUUCUCCCUGGAGCCCAAAGUGGCGGGUCAGCGUACCAGCGAGGAGCUGGUGACCAACACACUGAUGCUGGAGCUUGGUGCCAUGGUCAAGCGCACUGAGCGAAUCCAGCUGGAGCAGGCUGCCGAGGGCCGGCGGCGACGCCAGAGUGGGAGUUGUAGUUCCACUUCGGGGGUGGACUACAGCUGGCUGGCCGACGUUCCUAACCCAGAACCCUACCAGCUGACUCCCGAUGACCUGCUGGAGCUGCAGGACCUCUGCGCCAAGGUGCCGCCAGCUCAGUGCGGGCCAGUUAUAGUCAGGUUCAGGCGGUUGCUGUCUCAGAUGCAGCCCGAAGUCUACGAGGUCCCACGUCUGUUUCGCUCAGUACUCCACGACUGCUUGGAGGAGAUGAGAGGAGAAAGAGCAGAUGUACAUCACAACAUGCAGAUGAAGCAGCAGCGCAGCAAAAGCCUCUCCUUCGUCACUUUCCGCAGCAAGUUCCGAACGGGCUACUUCCAUGGGGGAAGCGGUCUGAGGGGAUCCAGGGCAGACAUGCGUCAGCAGGUGGAUUGGUCAGAUGAUGAGGGGGACGAGGAAGAGGGACGUGAGGAAGAGGCCAUUAGGGCCCGUGUCAGGAAGGGGAGGAGCAGCAGCAUGCCAGAUAUCACACCUUUGGAACAAAGUGCGCAUGGGUGAUUGACACAAUGGGGCUGUUCUAUGUAAUGUAUAUACAAAUGUUAAAAAAGUAGUAUUUUAAAUACAUAAAUAUGUUGAACAAAAACCAUUUGUUAUUAGACAUGCUGUAGCUUUUUACCAAUUGAAUAAAAAUGUUUCUCAAAUAUUUACUUUAGUUGAAUGACGUGUUGUGUAUUUACCCAUCAAUGCAUAUCACUAAUAAUAAACGGACACGCUUCCAAUACAUAGGACAAGCAAGUGUAAUUAUAUCACUGCUGACUAAUCGUCUUAACCCAAAAGAAAAUCCCAUUAAAGCCAGCACCCUGUUAUGGUUUUAUUAAUAUGCGUUCUCAUCAAUACACCGUUCGUCACUAUUUGCACUUUUUACAUGAAGGCAAGGCAGUCAGCUAAAAAGAAAAAAAUUGGAAUAAUGUAUUUC